AAUGCGAGUCGGUAGUAAUAGCACUCCAACCUAACGAGUGGUUCUUCUUGUUUUUCCAAUCCCUCUCUUCCCUUCUAUCCUUUGAGUGCGCCGACGGAAGGCGAUGGACAAUUCCUCGCUAGCUGAAGCACAGCAAUCAGAUCAGCAACAAGCUUACGAUCCCGCUCAGGCUCAAGCCUAUGCGGCGUACUAUGCCGCCUGCGAUCAAUACUACGCUGCAUCAGCCUACUACCACCAGCCCUAUUACCCUCACGACUACUCAUCCACCUCCACCGCGGCCACUGCCGGCGUUUACUAUGCGGAGGCACAGCCGGAUUCCGCUGUUCCGCAGGCCGAUGCGGCUCAGAUCCACAAUUCCGCCUCGCAUGGGAUGGCGUACGCGCCAGCUGCGGAGCAAGGUGGGUACCCGUACCAAGCUGCUGCGGGGUUGAAUACUGCUGCAGCAGCUGCGCUCUCGCAGAUAUCGCAGCUCACCGGGUCCAUCGACGCGGCCGAGAGGAUGAUGGCGGCGGGGAUGCACAAUGCGCCGCAAUCAUCACACUACCAGCAAUACUCUCAUCCUAUGACGAUGCAACAUGGGGCCCCUUCUAUCCGCACUGGGAAUUGGGUGAAUUUGAAAUACACUGCAUUUCACGAAGCCACAACAACCUCUUCACAUGCUGCUUGAAUGAGGUGCGUAUUGAAGUGGUCUCUGUUCUCUCCUAGCAAUUGUUGACCUCAUGUAGACU